AUGCGGCGGAGUUUCGCACCGUCGAUGAAACGGUCACUGGGACGCACCGAAGCUGAAUCCGCCGAUGACCGUAACAACAAAAAGAAAGUCUAUACUGCUCCACCAGUCACGGAAGAGAAACAACAUCUCGAACGUCCGGCCACAACGAUCUUCAAAGUUGUUUGGGGAAAGAUUAGCACGAGAAAGCACAAAAUCUGGGAAGGCGAUGGAUUGCUGGAAGUAUCUGGCCGCAGUGCAAUACUGCGGGACGAUGCAGGAAAAGUGAUUAGUAACGCGAGCGGCCUUAAGCUGGAUGAAGUUCAGGAAGGAAUUCAGAUGGUCGUCGGAUCGAAAGAGGUCGAAAUAUUGGAACGCUUGGAAAGUAAGGCGGAACCAUGUGUAACCUCGUCAGCAAAUGUUGCAACGGAAAACAAAACAGCUCUGAAUGAACCACUCAACGUUGAUUGUGCACACCGCAAAUUUAAACCGAUCGUGAGUCGGUCAGCGAACGAUGCCUGCGAAGACCAGCCCGUGGAACCGCUGAUCAUGAAAAAACUACCAUUUGAGCGACAAUUUCAGCGUAAUUCUAGCAACGAGUUGGCUGAGGUUCAAGUUCCUACGAGCCUUACGAAACACUUGCGCCCCCAUCAGCGAGACGGGGUAGCCUUUCUGUAUGAAUGCGUAACUGGCAUGCGAAUGAUGGAACCGCCCGGGUUUGGUGCCAUUCUCGCAGAUGAAAUGGGCCUGGGGAAAACGUUGCAAUGCAUUGCCUUGAUGUAUACGCUGCUCAAAACCGGUCCGUACGGGAAGCCUUUAGCACGUCGAGUACUGAUCGUAACACCCAGUAGCCUGGUGGACAAUUGGGAUCAGGAAAUCACCAAGUGGCUACGGAAUGAGCGCGUGUUUACCUUCAUCGUCGGACCGCACAAAAAACUCAAGCUGUACGCUCAAUCUCCACACAUUCCGAUACUGAUCAUCUCUUACGAGAUGCUGGCGAAGCAGAUCGACGAACUGGAGUCGGUCAAGUUCGAUCUGAUCUUCUGUGACGAAGGACAUCGGCUAAAGAACAGUGACGUUAAAGUGUUUGGCGUGCUCAGUAGGAUUGAGUGCCUUCGGCGAGUCAUAAUCACCGGUACACCAAUUCAGAAUGAUCUACAGGAGUUUUAUUCGCUGAUCAACUUCGUGAACCCGGGCGUUCUAGGGCCGUACCAGGAUUUUAAGGCCCGGUACGAAACACCGAUCGUCAUUUCUCAGCGUCCCGGUGUACUGUUGCAGUCGAUAGAGCUCGGCAUUGAGCGUUUGAACGAACUGAAUGCCAUUACCGGUCGGUUUGUAUUGCGCCGAACACAGGAAGUGAUCAAUCGCUACCUGCCAGAGAAGCAUGAGCUGGUGGUUUUUUGUUAUCCCUCCGAGUGGCAGACAGAGGUCAUCCGCACCGCUUUGACGCUCUACGAGCAAAGUAAAGGAUCUCCCACGAUCUCUCCGCUGCAGUUGAUUACGAUUUUGAAGAAGAUCUGCAACCAUCCUUCACUCGUUUGGCUUACGGGGAACAGUGGCCAGGAAUCGUUCCAGCAGCAACUCAUCGAACUACUGCCCAGCUGGCAAGCAAUGCGCGCAGGCGACUCGGCAAAACUAGCCAUCGUCGAAUCACUGCUAAAAGACUUACUAGAGAAGCAGGAAAAGAUUGUUAUCGUUUCGUACUACAACAAAACGCUCGAUAUGAUCGCCGAUCUGUGCCAGCACUACAACUACAAGCACUGCCGGUUGGACGGGGGAACGGCAGGGCCCGAUCGAAGUAAGAUCGUGACUGCGUUCAACAGCGCGUCGUCAGACACUUACAUCCUGCUGCUGAGUGCCAAGGCUGGCGGGGCCGGACUGAAUCUGAUUGGUGCCUCACGGUUGGUGCUGUACGAUAACGAUUGGAACCCGGCCAACGAUCUGCAGGCUAUGUCGCGUGUGUGGCGCGACGGUCAACGCCGACCCGUCUUCAUCUAUCGCCUGCUGACAGCUUUCUCGAUCGAGGAACGAAUAUUUCAACGACAGAUUUCGAAAACCUCCCUCAGUGGAACGGUGGUCGAUCAGAAGCGCAAUUUGAACAAUCUGCAAUUUUCGGACGAAGAGCUGAAAGAUCUAUUCACAUUCGUCGACCCUCGUCAUGUAGACGGUUGCCUGACGCACAGCUUACUCGAGUGCCCUUGUGCAGGGAUUGGAAUGGCCCCCGAAACACCGGAAACUCCCCAACCGUUGAAUGAGUUGGACUGUUUGUUACAGGAACCAACGGGCGGAGGGGGCAGCCCCUGGUACCUGGUAGGCAGAAGCGGUGGACAAGCUAAAGGUCGCACAAAGUAUGCUCUAAAAAUGCAAGAACUGAUGCGCUGGGAGCAUCACCGUUCACCCGUGUCGGAAAGUGUUUUGGAACAGCUAGGCUUGUCGCGAUGCUCCGAUAAAGUAGUGUUUUUGUUUCGAAACAUAGUGUGUACUAAUAAAUAA